GAACUGGUUCGUCAAUCUGGGGCUUAAUUCGAACUCGAACCACUUCAUCACCUGCCUCUUGAUCUUCGUCCUCCAUUAUUCGCCCCAGUUACCCCCGUCGAUUUUGAAUUCGAGGAGUCGCUGUAGCGGAAAUUACUCAGAUCGCAGAUAUGGAGAAUCGCAGAUCUUACUUUUCGAAUGUUGAGAGGAAGUCCAUCUCUCCUUCUGCUAUUGUCAUAGGUGGUGGGUUUGCAGGCAUUGCUGCUGCUCAUGCACUAAGAAAUGCAUCAUUCCAGGUUGUCCUCUUGGAGUCACGGGAUAGAAUCGGUGGUCGAGUUUCUACUGACUACUCAUUUGGCUUUCCUGUCGAUCUUGGUGCAUCCUGGUUGCAUGGUGUCUGUGAAGACAACCCAUUGGCACCUUUGAUAGGAAGACUUGGGCUUCCACUGUAUCGCACGAGUGGCGAUAACUCUGUCCUGUUUGAUCAUGAUUUGGAGAGUUAUGCACUCUUUGAUACUGAUGGCCAUCAAGUCCCUCAAGAACUGGUCCAAAAAAUUGGAGACGUGUUCGAGACUAUAUUAAGAGAGACUGACAAAGUGAGGCGUGAAUGUAAUGAUGACAUGUCUAUAGCACAGGCUAUCUCGAUUGUUCUGGAGAGAUGCCCGGAAUUAAGACAAGAAGGGCUCUCUCAUAAUGUACUCCAAUGGUACCUAUGCCGAAUGGAAGGCUGGUUUGCUACAGAUGCAGAUACAAUCUCGCUCAAAAAUUGGGACCAGGAAGUGUUGCUUCCUGGUGGUCAUGGCCUUAUGGUUCGUGGGUAUCGUCCUGUUAUAAACACUCUUGCUAAAGGCCUCGAUAUUCGUCUCCAUCACCGGGUUACCAAGAUCCUUCGCCACAAGAAGGGAGUGGAAGUAACUGUGGAGAAUGGCAAAACAUUUGUUGCCGAUGCCGCCAUAAUUACUGUACCUUUAGGGGUUCUAAAAGCAAAUUCCAUCAAGUUCGAACCGAGGUUGCCAGAGUGGAAGGAGGAGGCAAUACGUGAACUCGCGAUCGGGACAGAGAACAAGAUAGCCUUGCAUUUUGACAAGGUCUUCUGGCCAAAUGUGGAGUUUAUAGGAGUAGUUUCAUCCACUACAUAUGGUUGCAGCUAUUUUCUUAAUCUUCAUAAGGCGACCGGCCAUCCUGUUCUUGUUUACAUGCCUGCAGGUCGACUCGCUCACGACAUUGAAAAGAUGUCUGACGAGGCUGCCGCUAAGUUUGCCUUCCUUCAAUUGAAAAGGAUUCUCCCUGAUGCAUCUGAACCGAUCCAAUACCUUGUCUCGCACUGGGGAACUGAUGAAAAUUCACUCGGGUCCUACACCUACGACGCAGUAGGGAUGCCCCGCGAGCUCUACGAGCAUCUGAGAAUCCCCGUCGACAACCUGUUCUUCGCAGGAGAGGCCACAAGCACCAAGUUCACGGGCACAGUCCAUGGCGCCUUCUCCACCGGACUGAUGGCCGCAGAAGAGUGCCGGAUGCGGGUUCUAGAGAGGUACGGGGAUCUCGACAUGCUGGAACCGGUCCACCCAGUAAUAAUGGGCGAGGAGACUGCCUCGGUCUCUGUCCCUCUCCUCAUCUCUAGAAUAUGAUUUGUCAGUAGUAAGCUAUUUUAAGGUCUUUAUCCACACUGGUAGUUGACUCUAACCAUUCCAUUCAUUGCUUGAGGGGGGAAUGUUUAACAUAAGGAAGCUGAUCAAUUUUCCUUGUUAAUACUUUCCAAGCAUGAUAUAUGUGUUAUGAUCUACAGUGUGAUACUAGUACUAAGAUGAAUAAAAUGAAGGUUGGACAAUGGGUUGUUUGUCGUUUGUUCUGUAUAAUAUAAAGUUAAGUAUUGUGAGAAGGGGAUAUUUAACAAUAAAAUCCCCGUGAAGGGAUCUUUAGUGCAAGGCUACAGACGCUAUUACUGUGUGAAUGGUUAAUUUAGUGUUAUAUCUACUAUGGUUUUUCUACAA